CAGGACCAUCAGCAAGAGGCACAAGGCCAGCAAGGCCAGGACCAUCAGCAAGAGGCACAAGGCCAGCAAGGCCAGGACCAUCAGCAAGAGGCACAAGGCCAGCAAGGCCAGGACCAUCAGCAAGAGGCACAAGGCCAGCAAGGCCAGGACCAUCAGCAAGAGGCACAAGGCCAGCAAGGCCAGGACCAUCAGCAACAGGCACAAGGCCAGCAAGGCCAGGACCAUCAGCAAGAGGCGCAAGGCCAGCAAGGCCAGGACCAUCAGCAAGAGGCACAAGGCCAGCAAGGCCAGGACCAUCAGCAAGAGGCACAAGGCCAAGAGCAUAGGGAGGUCAACAGAACGAUGAGCCUCCAGCAAGCGGAACAAGGCAGCGAGGCCGGAGCCAGCGAGGCUCAAGGGAUUCAUGUUUGGAACCAUACCGCCACUGCGGCCUUGCAAGAGCUGGCCCGCAAACUGCUGCAGGCGAAGCAGGAAUGCUUGCGAUCGGGCCUAGACUGUUUGCCCACUCUGAAACAGAUCCGCUAUCGGGUGUGGCCCUUUGUGCAGAAUCUGCUGGGGAAGCAGUAUCAAGGUUUUGAUCCCGUGGAUUUUCAUCCACAGGUGGCGAAGGCGCAGAUGCGAUGCAGUGCCGAAGAUAAUCAUAACAUGGUGUACAUGCACGUGUGGAAAGCUGCUGGCUAUUCGGUGAUGGAAAACCUCAAAGCCAUUGGCUCCAACUAUGAGGUGGUGGAUUCCUUUGAGGAUGACUUCAAUUGGUGUGAAAACAUCAACCUGGACUCCAUGAAACAUCGCACGGUCUUCACCUUCGUCCGAGAGCCCUUGGGGCGCUUCAUCUCGGGCUAUGCGGAGAUCGAUCGGAUCUAUUUGGGCCCACGCUACGAGUUUUUUCAUCAAGCGGAGGAGGGCACCAUGAAACGUGCCCAGCUCUUCGCUGAGCGCUUCUUCCAGGACGGCUUGAUCUUCAACGGCCACGUGAAGCCGCAGAGCGAAUACUUCGCUCCCUUCUCCCAAAGCUGCCGCCUGCCCAUCAACUUCGUGGGCAAGAUCGAAAAUCUGGCAGAGGACUGGAAGAACUUGUUGGAAUCCCAAUCCUGCAUCACGGCCAAGAUACCUUACAACAAUUCCUUGGGUCAGCAUCCCACGGAUGAAAAGGAGAGAAAGGCCAUGACCGACAUGUUGGAGUCCGCUGCGAACAAUGACACUGCACAGUUUUUGGUGCGCGACUGUGACAAUAUGACCGCGUCCUCAAAUCAUUUGCAGAAUGUUCUGCUCAAGAAGGAUUUCGCCUUUCUACGGGCUUUUUGCUGGAUAAGCCUACCGGAUUACGUGAUGUUUGAGUACGACCUUCCCAAGCACUGCAAUGAUCCGGAAAUGCUACAGGUGAUAGAACUGACAAAGAAGCCGCCAAUCAUCUGAUGAUAGCAGUGUCCAAUUAGCGUGCUUGUUGACGGUUGAUGAUAGGGUUAUACCAGCUGCUCUUCCAUGGAGACUAUAUGCUGCGCCUUCAUGGAGACUAUAUGAGACUAUGAAAAAAAUAAGGAAAAC